CAGAAGAUGGCUGUGCCACCCACGUAUGCCAAUCUUGGCAAAUCUGCCAGGGAUGUCUUCACCAAGGACUAUGGAUUUGGCUUAAUAAAGCUUGAUUUGAAAACAAAAUCUGAGAAUGGAUUGGAAUUUACAAGCUCAGGCUCAGCCAACACUGAGACCACCAAAGUGACAGGCAGUCUGGAAACCAAGUACAGAUGGACUGAGUAUGGCCUGACGUUUACGGAGAAAUGGAACACUGACAAUACACUAGGCACCGAGAUUACCGUGGAAGAUCAGCUUGCAUGUGGACUGAAGCUGACCUUCGAUUCAUCCUUCUCACCUAACACUGGGGGGAAAAAUGCUAAAAUCAAGACAGGGUACAAGCAGGAGCACAUUAACUUGGACUGCGACAUAGAUUUUGACAUUGCUGGGCCUUCCAUCCGGGGUGCUCUGGUGCUGGGUUACAAGGGCUGGCUGGCCGGCUACCAGAUGAAUUUUGAGACUGCAAAGUCCAGAGUGACCCAGAGCAACUUUGCAGUUGGCUACGAGACUGAUGAAUUCUGGCUUCACACUAAUGUGAAUGACGGGACAGAGUUUGGCAGCCUCAUUUACCAGAAAGUGAACAAGAAGUUGGAGACCGCUGUCAAUCUUGCCUGGACAGCAGGAAACAGUAACACGCGCUUCGGAAUAGCAGCCAAGUAUCAGAUUGACCCUGACGCCUGCUUCUCAGCUAAAGUGAACAACUCCAGCCUGAUAGGUUUAGGAUACAUUCAGACUCUAAAGCCAGGUAUCAAACUGACACUGUCAGCUCUUCUGGAUGGGAAGAACGUCAAUGCUGGUGGCCACAAGCUUGGUCUAGGACUGGAAUUUCAAGCAUAAAUGAAUACUGUACAAUUGUUUAAUUUUAAACUAUUUUGCAGCAUAGCUACUUUCAGAAUUUAGUGUAUCUUUUAAUGUUGGAUGUCUGGGAUGCAAGUAUUGCUAAAUAUGUUAGCCCUCCAUGUUAAAGUUGAUUCAGCUUUAAGAUGUUACCCUUCCGGAGGUACAGAAGAAACCCAUUUCCAAAAAAGGUCCUUUCAGUGGUAGACUCGGGGGAAACUUGGUGGCCCCUUUGAGAUGCCAGGUUUCUUUUUUAUCUAGAAAUGGCUGCAAGUGGAAGCUGAUAAUAUGUAGGCACUUUGUAAAUUCAUAUUGAGUAAAUGAAUGAAAUUUUGAUUUCCUGAGAAUUGAACCUUGGUUUCCUAACCCUAAUUGAUGAGAGGCUCGCUUCUUGAUGUUGUGUACAAACUCACCUGAAUGGGACUUUUUUAGACAGAUCUCCAUGACCUGUUCCCACCCCAGUUCAUCAUCACCUCUUUUACACCAAAAGGUCUGUAGGGUGGGGUCACUGUUUCUUUUGUGCCAUUUUGGGGUGGAGAAGGUGGAUGUGAUGAAGCCAAUAAUUCAGGACUUAUUCCUUCUUGUGUUGUGUUUG